CCACAGCAACUAAAUGGGAUGCUACUAUAUUUUAUAAUAACCCCUUUCUCUUGAACCUUCCCUUCCCUUAUUAGAAGCACACACCAUCUCCACCACCACCACCACCACCACCACCACUCUCACCACCACUGCACGCAACCACAAAUCCAACCUCAUCUAGUGCAGACACACACCAAAGGAAUUGACUGAAAACAGAGGAUUUCAAAGGGUUAGGAUAAUCUGAGGAGAGGGUUUGGAAUUUGGAAGAUUAAUCUGGAAGAUAAGAAUAAAGAUUGAAACUUUGGUUUGUUUUUUUUUGGAAAUUCAGCACGCUUGUGAGUAGAAGAGUGGAAGAGGAGGGAGAAAAUGGAGUCAGAUCUUCAGCACCAUGCUCCUCUGUUUCUGGAUCAUCCACAGCACCAGCAGCAGCAGAUGAAUUCUGGGUUGUCACGGUACAAAUCAGCUCCGAGUUCGUAUUUUUCGAAUAUCAUUGACAGGGAUUUCUAUGAGGACCUCUUCAAACGCCCCUCGAGCCCUGAAACCGAGCGAAUCUUCGCCCGGUUAAUGAAUAGUCUUGGUGAUAGUGAUGGUGAUGGUGCUCCUGCUGAUGCAGAGGAUUCACUUGUUGCUCAGAAUCUCCCAAGUGUUCAGCAGCAACAGCAGCCGCUGCAGCUGCCUGCUGUGAAGGAAGAAAUUGACCAACAAUCUCAAGCUAUGCCAUCCAUGAGUACUCAACCUGUAGUUCUUCAACAGCAGCAGCAGCAACAACAACAACAACAGAACCAGAACCCAAGCAACAUCAAUAGUUUUCAGAAUCUUUACCCAAGCUCUGGAAGACCACCUUUGCCGAACCAGAUGAAGACAGGUCGUGCCAAUCUUAUCAGACAUGGUAGCUCACCUGCUGGAUUGUUUGCAAACAUUAACAUUGAAACUGGCUAUGCUGCUAUAAGAGGAAUGGGAGCUUUUGGAGCUGGUAGUAACAAGACCGAGGAAGCAGCCUUUUCUCCUUCAGCGCGGCUGCAGAAUCCACCAAACUACUCAUCAGGGUUACUGUCUCCAAGAGCUGAAAUUGGAAGUAAAAGCAACACGCAAAACAAUCCAGAAGCUGAAGGUUUUGCUGAGACAAGGGGGAAUGAAUUCCCAGGUUUUCCAUGGGAUGAUUCUGCAGUCAUGUCUGAGAAUUUGAGUGGUCAAAAAAGAUUUAGAGAUGAUGAUGUAAAACCAUUUUCUGGUUUAAAUGCAGCUGAAAGUCAGAAUGAAACAGGAGGCCAGGCUCCUGCACCUUUGGCUCAUCACAUGAGUUUGCCGAAUACUUCAGCGGAAAUGGCAGCCAUUGAGAAGUUUUUGAAGUUCUCAGAUUCUGUUCCAUGCAAAAUUCGUGCUAAGCGGGGAUGUGCCACUCACCCAAGAAGCAUUGCAGAGAGGGUGAGAAGAACUAAAAUUAGUGAGCGAAUGAGGAAACUUCAAGAUCUUGUCCCCAACAUGGAUAAGCAAACAAAUACAUCAGACAUGUUGGACUUAGCUGUUGAUUACAUUAAAGACCUUCAAAUGCAAGUUCAGACUCUUUCAGAUUGUCGCGCAAAGUGUACGUGUAAACACAAGCAGCAAUGAUGGAAAAAAUGAGAAGAACCUGAGUUAUUCUAUGUACAGAUAUCGUAAUAAUGAUAUAUUAAUAAUAGUUUGAUCUAGAAACUAGAGCAGCUUUCUUAUAUAAUUAUUAUUAUGUAGCCACUUAUUCCGCGAUAGCAUAUAAAAGUUGACUUGUAAGAUCCAAUCAAAAUUUGAUGCCACAUGUGCAAAAGCAUGGUGUACAAAAUUUUGUGAUAAUGAAGUUUAUGUCGUUAAUCUAA